AUGGAGGAUCUGAAAAGAAAUGGAAUGAUUCCACAAGACAAUACUAUCAGCAAGCGAGAUAAGAAGAGAAGCAAUAUAGCGACAAGGCUAAAUAAGCUAGAGCUUACGUUCAAAAAUGAUCGAGAUAUAUUUUAUAGAAAUAGUCUACAUGAAUUACAAAACAAAUUAGCAAGUUUGCAACAAGGAUCAAACGAAGAGUAUAUUACAAAGAAAAUAGAUUUGGAAGAAGUAAGAGAUUAUGAAUUAACGAAAUUAAGAUUAUGGGAAGAAUAUCAAGUUAAAAGAAUUGAACUGGAAUAUAAAUUAGAUUUGGAAAAAGCAAAAGAUAAUCAUGAUAAAAUGAUAAAAUUAAUAAAAGAAAAAUUAUAUGAUAAAUUACAAAAACAAAUUAAAAAUUUAAAAGAAGAUAAGUAUCUACUAAAUUUAUUAAAUAGUAAUUCUCACAAUCAAGAUAAUGAUGAUGAAAAUCAAAUUAAAGAUGAUGAAACAUUAGCAGUUGCAAUGGGAUUAAAUUUACAAGACAGGAGAUCAUUAAGGAAAAGAGGAGAAUAUUUUGGAAGAUUUGCAACAGGAGAAAUGGAUGAUUUAUCAGAUGGUGGUGGGAAUUUAUCAUCAAAUCAAAAUGGAUAUACUUCACUGGGUAAAAGAAGAAGACUAUAUACAACAAGAUAUAGUUCAAAUGAUGAAGUUUCAAGUAGUGCUGCAAGUGCAAAACCCUGGCAUAGUGGUGUACCUGGUAGUAAGAAUUUACAUGGACAUGCACAUAUAAGACAUGGAGGAGUGACAUCAAGUGGAAUAGGAAGUGGUUAUGAAUCUAAUUUAAGUGAUAAAGAUUAUGACGCAUUAAAUACUUUAAUUAUGGAGAAUGAUGAUGGAGGUAAGUCAUUAAUUUAUGAUGGAAAUGGAUUAAAUGGUGGUGAAACAAAUGGAAGUGGCAUUGGUCAACAUAAUUAUAAAGUUCAAACUCGUGGUUCUCAUAAACAAUUUGUUGGUCCUCAAGGUUUAAGAGUUGAAGAAUUAAAUGAAGAUUUAGAACUUCUACGAUCAGCUAUAAAGAAAGAAUAA